AGCGUCCUUGUUUGUGUGGUGCCGCCGCCGCCGGUGCAGCCGCCGCCGCCGCCGCUGCCCCCGUCUGUACCGCAGUGUCUGCUCCGCCCGCCCGCCCCGGUCCGGCCCGCCCCCCUCCCCCACCCCCGCCCCUAGUCCCGUCAGCAGGGUCUGGAUACCACUGUGCCGUCGCCUCUUCCUUUUUCGACGCCUCCGCCGCCGCCUGAGGAGGCGAGCUAGCCGGGAGUUACACCGCCACCGCCAGGAUGGAUAGAAUGACAGAAGAUGCUCUUCGCUUGAAUCUGUUGAAGCGGAGCUUGGACCCAGCAGAUGAACGAGAUGAUGUCCUGGCAAAGCGACUCAAAAUGGAGGGUCAUGAGGCCAUGGAACGUCUGAAAAUGUUGGCAUUGCUCAAAAGGAAGGAUUUGGCAAAUCUUGAGGUGCCACAUGAGUUACCCACCAAACAGGAUGGCAGUGGUGUCAAGGGCUAUGAAGAAAAACUUAAUGGGAACCUCAGGCCUCAUGGAGACAACAGGACUGCUGGAAGGCCAGGCAAAGAAAACAUCAAUGAUGAGCCUGUGGAUAUGAGUGCUAGACGGAGUGAGCCAGAGCGAGGAAGGCUAACUCCCUCACCAGACAUCAUUGUUUUGUCUGACAAUGAGGCUUCCAGUCCCCGUUCCAGUUCCAGAAUGGAAGAAAGACUAAAAGCAGCCAACCUAGAGAUGUUUAAGGGAAAAGGGAUUGAGGAACGGCAGCAACUUAUCAAGCAGUUGAGGGAUGAGCUGCGAUUGGAAGAAGCCCGACUGGUCCUGUUAAAGAAACUGAGACAGAGUCAGCUACAGAAAGAGAAUGUGGUCCAGAAGACUCCAGUUGUACAGAAUGCAGCAUCUAUUGUUCAACCAUCUCCUGCCCAUGUGGGACAGCAGGGCCUGUCUAAGCUUCCCUCCCGGCCUGGGGCCCAAGGGGUUGAACCUCAAAAUUUGAGAACAUUACAGGGUCACAGUGUCAUUCGUUCAGCUACCAAUACUACCCUUCCACACAUGCUGAUGUCUCAACGUGUUAUUGCACCAAACCCAGCCCAGCUACAAGGUCAGCGGGGCCCACCUAAGCCUGGCCUUGUACGUACCACAACACCCAACAUGAAUCCUGCCAUCAAUUACCAACCGCAGUCAAGUUCUUCUGUUCCCUGUCAGCGUACAACAUCCUCUGCCAUCUAUAUGAACCUUGCCUCUCAUAUCCAGCCAGGGACAGUGAACAGAGUGUCCUCGCCACUUCCUAGCCCCAGCGCUAUGACUGACGCUGCCAACUCACAGGCUGCAGCCAAAUUGGCUCUUCGCAAACAACUGGAAAAGACACUCCUGGAGAUCCCACCCCCUAAACCUCCUGCUCCUUUACUUCACUUCCUGCCUAGUGCAGCCAAUAGCGAGUUCAUCUACAUGGUAGGCUUGGAAGAAGUCGUACAGAGUGUCAUUGACAGCCAAGGCAAAAGCUGUGCCUCACUUCUGCGGGUUGAACCCUUUGUAUGUGCCCAGUGCCGCACAGAUUUUACCCCUCACUGGAAGCAAGAAAAGAAUGGUAAGAUUCUAUGUGAGCAGUGUAUGACCUCCAACCAGAAGAAGGCUCUAAAAGCUGAACACACCAACCGGCUGAAAAAUGCGUUUGUGAAAGCCCUACAGCAGGAACAGGAAAUUGAACAGCGAUUACAGCAGCAGGCAGCCCUUUCCCCCACUACGGCUCCAGCUGUAUCCAGUGUCAGUAAACAAGAGACUAUCAUGAGACAUCAUACGCUUCGGCAGGCUCCACAGCCCCAGAGCAGCCUCCAGCGUGGCAUACCCACAUCUGCCCGCUCCAUGCUUUCAAACUUUGCACAGGCACCCCAGUUGUCUGUGCCAGGUGGCCUCCUUGGUAUGCCAGGUGUCAACAUUGCAUACUUGAAUACUGGCAUCGGAGGACACAAAGGCCCCAGUUUGGCAGACCGACAGCGUGAAUACCUUUUAGACAUGAUCCCUCCCCGGUCUAUAUCGCAGUCCAUCAGUGGACAGAAAUAACGCCUGUUCCACUUGUACUGCCCCAUCCUUGAAUCCUUUAUCCCUUUCCUCUUUCAUUCCCCCAACUUCUGUCGCAUGCAGUGCCUGUACUGGUGCCUACCAUACACGGAAAGCAAAACAGAAAAACAGAAGACAAAAAAUAGAAAUCAGCAAGAAAACACGCCCUGCCCUGCCACCUCCCCUUUAUUUACACUGCUGCGAUCUGUUCUUCUGCCGCUCUGUCUUCUCUCUUCAAUUUUCUUUAACAGUGAGGUGGAUCUUUACCUCUGAUAGAGGUCAGAAUGAGGUCCUGGGGAGAAUCUAAGCCCUCUGAUAUGUGUUUCUAAAGUUGUUUUAUGCUAUGAUUAUUACCAUUUUUAAUGAUGUUUUGUGUCCUCCCUUUGUUCAGUGGAUGGUUAAACCUCCCCGCCCACCCAAUCUUUUUCUUUUUCCUUUUCUUUCUUUUUUUUUUUUUUUUUCUCAUAAACACAGUGAUAUUCAGUUCAAUGAUAGGAGCAUUGCAGAUUGCAGUAGGGGUCCCAGCUGCCAAGUAGGACAUGUCCAGGAGUGUUAGGGGCAAAAGUUUUGAAUGCACUUAACUGGAGGAGGGCACGGGUUGGGGGUCAUUGAACAAGGACGAAUAGCACCCCAGCUGUGGGUGUUUGGGAGUUGGACAAUUUGAGGGACAGUCUUUAGUCGUGAAAUUGGGCUGUAAGAAUGAGGGAAAAGAGCCUGGAGGGAGAAGCUUUAAAACUCAGCCACUCUGGAAUUUACCCGUAGAAGAAAGGGAGAAAGAGUUAUGAUGGGCUUAGUUAUGAGCCAGGGAGGACUGAAACUAGGUCCUUCCCCUUCUGGGUGUUGGAGAAAUAAGACCCAUCUUCAGACCCCAGUGGGAACACGGAAGUCUAUUCCAGGCCAACCAGCCCAAAAUUAUUUCAUCUUGCAUUCUUUGUGAAAUUCUCCCUCACACCACGCUGCUUUUAAAAAUUCUGUUCCCUCUAAUCAUAGCCCCAUCUAUAAUACAGAGGAAUGGCUGUUCCAAGGCUGAGUUUGCUGGGUGUCCCACAAGUUGGAUGGACAUGAAUGAGUCAGAAGGAAAUAGACUUAGAGGAAAGAAGGGAUUUAUCUCCCAACAGUUGAGAUUCUCAUAUUUGCCAAUUAUUUCACCCUCUGAGUGCCAGGAGAUGAGAGGCUGGGGGCACACAAUCAGGUUGGAGUCCUGUCUUUACUCUGCUGCACCAACUGCAGAACCAACUGCUCAAAGCCAAACAGCUCAUGUCAAAACCAGCUUAGGAAUUCUGCUGUACAAGUAGUUGUUGUUCCCCCCACCCCUAAUAUUAAUUUUGCCCUUUUUUUUUUUUUUUUUUAAAGCGCUACUAAUGUAGAGAAUGAAUUGAAUUGUGCAAUGUUGCUGUUCCGGGGAUUGGGGAGAUUAGCAUCCCAUUUGCCCACACUGUGGGAAGAGGGAGUAGACCAGGCUGUUUUUGAAGUAAGGGAAGCCCCUUAAAGGUACGGGUUUAUGCUUUUCUCAUAGUGUACACCCACUUGCCUCUGGCUCCAGAAGCUGCCAGAGUGCACUGGGGGGAAUAUUCUCAGCAGAGAAGAAUGAGGGGAAGUUUAAUAUUUUGCCCUUUAAAGUCACCUGAGGAAGUUUCCCCACUUUUAUUUUUUAAAAUUAAGUAAUUUUUUUAUAGAAGGCACUUUUAAAAUUAACACACACAUACAAACUGCACAUCUUCCCCAUAAAAUUUGGAGGUGGAGUGGGAGAAAGAGCUAAAAUCAGGCUCAGUUCGCCUACUCUGGCCUCUACUUCCCACACCCCAGUGCCACUGUGGGUGAUUAUACUGGCCCUACGGGCCUUCCUGGCUUUUUUCUUUUCUCCCUUCCCCCAAAUUCAUUGAGCACUUAAAGGAGCAGAGAUGCAGCCAGUGUCUGGGCUCCCCCAGUGGUGAAAUGAUCUGGAAGCUAGAUGCUAGUAACAGGUAGUGAUUGGGUCUUUUCGAGUAUUUUUCUGGGGAAUGUGGUACCCCUGACUGUAAGUGGUGGGAGAGGGAGGGGGGGUUAAUGGAACUGGGUCUGGGAUUAUUUUAAAAUUAUAUAUAUAUAUAUAAAGAUAUAUUCUUACAUCUUUUCUUUGCCCUCUGUGCUUUGAAAGCACUGGAUAAAUUGUUUGGUUUUGUUUUUCUGUCUUCCACAAAAUUGGAAGCUUGUUUUUUUUUUAAAUAUUUUCCCUACAAGUCAUCUUGCCUUGUGGCAUGUCUGUCUAGCCUCUCCCUCCCUCAUGAUGAAGUGCCAUUUCUGUUAUGUCUCCCUCUCCCCAAGCUCAGAGGUGCUCAGAGGUACGAGAUGCCCAAGUUUGUCAGUUGAGAUUAAAAGUAAGGAACAGAGAAUGUGCAAUACCGUCUGGCUGGGGGCCGUCCCUGCCCUACCCUGAGCUGAGUCCUUUCCCUGGGAGCCAGGCCACCUUAGAAUGGGGUUUGGAAGUAAGAUGUGUAGAGAUGGGGAAUCAUGGAGAAGGAAAGCCCAUAGUGAGUGCCUACUUAGGUGCUGAGGCCAUAGGGGAGGUGGUGGAAUCUUCCCUGUUUAUAUCCCCUCAGGGUCAGUUACCUAGAAGCUGCUUCUUGACUAGUAUAGCUCUGUGACCCUUUGUUCAACCACUGAGGUUUGAUUUCUUACCCUCUCUUCUCCCCAUUUUUAUACUCUUCCCAGGGAUUAGUGAUGGAGGUGAGGUCUCCCUAAUCAUGGUAAAGUAUUAGCCUUCCACCUCCUCCUUCCUCGUCCUACUGUCUCCCUCAGUUCUCUUUCUCUUUUUCAUCACUGUUUGCCUUGUGUCCCUCCAAGUCUACUUGUUACUAUCCAUCUCCAGGCUCUGGGCCAUGUAGACACUAAACCUCAAGCCCUAAGGACAGGAGGAAAGACCCUCUGUUUGAAGCAUUAUAGGAGAGUGAGGAUCCCACCAGUUCUGCCUGGCUUCCUCCAUCCCCAGAGGCACUAAAAGUAGUAGUUUAUGGUUGGUGUCUUACUUCCUAGAAGCCUGAAAUGAGUGGAAUAGCAGUAAGGCUUGGGUGAAACUGGAGGACAGAGGUUCUUAUUUGUCAAUUUUAUUUUAUAAUUUGACCACAGCAUCUGGACUCCCUCCAUCCCUGGAAUAAGUAUUUUCCCCACAUUUUUGGAUAUAUGUAUGGUAGACAAUUUUUUUUAAGACACAGAGAUAAAUGUUUUCCUGCUUUGGUUACAUUUCCUUUCCCCUUUAAAAGGAAUUAGCUAUAGAACUGCUUUGUAAAGAUGCUUCUUGAUAUUUUACUUUUGUUCCUUUUCCCCAAUCAUCCCCUUUUCUCCCCACUCCUCCAGAAGGCAUAACCCUUCUCUCCACACCCCUACCCCCACCCCAAUCAGUCCUAGGCUCCCAUCCUUUCCAUCAAGACCUUCAUGAGCUUAUGAUAUUUGCGGAUGAGAUGUUAUAACAAGGACUCAUUCAUGUAUAUAAGCUAUUUCUUGAUCCAUUUAAAAGGAAUUGUACAUUGUGUAGAAAAAAAAAACUGAAAAA